AUGCUGGAGGUCGCCAACGCUCGCUCCAUCUGCAUCGCAAGCGCGGCCGUCGCCACGGCAACCGCGCCCUCUUCCUCGUCGGAGCGGCGCGAGCUGCGGGAGUCGGAAACCGUUGCCGCGCGCGUCGCGAGGGGCGGCGGUGGCCGGCGCCCCUAUGAGAGGGACUCCGCGACGUCGACGGGAACAGCCGGCCCGGCGCCCGGCGGCGGCCACUUCAGGGCGCUCGGCGCGGCGAAGCCGGAACGCGAUCUGAUCGCGCGGGAAAGAAGCGCGGUGGCGCCGCGCGUCGCCGACGGAGGUGGCAGCACCUGCGGGGGCGACCCGACGGCUCGACGUAGAGGGCAGCACGCGGGCCUCGGAACCCGUCGACACUCGCGGCAACGGGGCGCACCCGCGGGCGACGACAGAACGAACAAGCGCCGCUCCCGAGAUGGAGCGGAAGGUUCCGCGACGGAGUCUUCGUUAGUCCGGCGACCGAUCCCGCGUGAACAACACGGUUCCACGCAGGAACACGCGUCCGAUGUCAGUGUGGGUGCAGCGGGCCGUCAGUUCGGACCCAUUCUCCUGGAGAAAAAAAAGGAACAACAUGGUGAACUUCCCACGGAAAAUGAUCGGCAACAGUACGAACCUCUGAUGAAAAAGGACCAACGAUUCGAAUCGCCAGUCAUAACUGAACAGCGCUUAGAAUCGUAUCAACAGGAAGAACACAAACCUACUGAACAUUUACCAGAGGAACAUUCACAGCCUGAACAACCUGUAGAAAAAUAUCCACAACCUGAACAAUCUAUAGAAGAAUAUCAAAAGCCAGAACAAUCUAUAGAAGAACAUCCACAGUCAGAACAACAUAUAGAAGACCAACAUAUAGAACAACAUCCACAGUCUGAAGAAACCUAUAGAAAACAUCCACCAGCCAGGAAAACGCUUUAG